UUAUCCCUCUCUCGCUUCGCCUCUAUAUCUUGUGCUCUUCGUAUCCGCUUCCAGCAUCUCCCACAUUGUGAGAGAUCACUGGGCCCUUGAGAUCCCUUCCUAUAACUGGUGCUGUUACCCCGAGUCUGUUGUGUCGCCGCUAUGGACUACCAACACGGUACGGCCACCACAACGGCCACAAACACUCCUAGACCCGGGACGCCAGAUAGCGACCCCAUUGAGCGCGCCCCUCCGCGAAAUCCAUUCGCCUCUCCUUAUGGAUCCAUGCCGGCCUCCGCCAUCGGCUCAUCCACUGGUCUGCAAACCAGCGCUCCUCCACGCUACUUUCACUCCCGCAGAGUCAACAAGGCCGAGAUCGAAAAGCCUUGGCUCGAAAAGAAGGAUCCCAAGGAGAAAUGGGUCACUAUCAUUCCCGUCAUUGGUAUGCUGCUCGGUAUCGGCCUGGUCGGUUUCCUCGUGUACGAUGGCUUGUCGUCCGUGACCAAUCACACCUACUGCCCCGUCUUGGACGAGGACUUUUCUGGGGGCUUGAACCCUAGCAUCUGGACCAAGGAAGUCGAAGUGGGAGGUUACGGCAAUGGCCAGUUCGAGAUGACCACCAACACUGAUGAAAACGCUUUCAUCCAAGACGGCAUGUUGCAUAUCAAGCCUACUCUCCAGGAUGAAUCACUCAUCAAUUCGAACAACGUCGUCAAUCUGCUGGAUAACGGAGAAUGUACGUCUGAUCUCUGGCACAACUGCGUUGCCGUGACGAACACCACCAACGGAACCAUUGUCAACCCCGUCAAGUCUGCCCGCGUCAGCUCCAAAAAGGGAGCUAAGAUUAAGUUUGGCCGAGUCGAAGUUGUCGCCAAGCUUCCCGAGGGUGACUGGAUGUGGCCCGCAAUUUGGAUGUUGCCCGCCAACGACACCUAUGGCGUGUGGCCCCAAUCGGGAGAAAUCGACAUUAUGGAGUCGCGGGGCAACAAUUACUCGUAUCCGCAAGGUGGCAACGAUAUCGUGUCGUCGACGAUUCACUGGGGUCCGGACUCCGACAACGAUGGAUGGUGGCGAAGCAAUGUCAAGCGACAAGCUCUGCACACCACCUACAGCUCUGGCUUCCACACCUACGGCCUUGAGUGGACCGAGAAGUACAUCUUCACCUACAUCGACACGCGACUCCUCCAAGUCAUGUAUACGAACUUCAACAAACCCUUUUGGGCCAAGGGCCACUUCCCGGCCGCCGAUUCCAAUGGCACGCGACUGGUGGACCCGUGGAGUCAGACCGGCCGCGACAGCACCCCUUUUGACGAGGACUUUUACCUGAUUCUGAACGUCGCCGUGGGCGGCACCAAUGGCUGGUUCGAAGAUGGCGUCAAGAGCAAGCCAUGGGUGGAUCAAUCCGACACGUCCAAGCGCGACUUUUGGAAUGCCCGCAGCCAAUGGUAUCCGACGUGGGAGAAGAAGGGUGAGAUGAUUAUCAAGAGCGCGAAGAUGUGGCAGCAGAAAGGGUACAACGGAUGCUAGAUUAUCAUCAACAUCAUCCUUCUGGUCGCAUCGCUGCAUGUAACAAUGAGCAGGCGUUGAGGCGCAUCGCAUUUGGCAAUUUUCCGCAAUAUUCUUUUUUUGGGAUCGGAUCCUACUCUGUGUGUGUGCGAGUGGUGGGUCGGACAAGAUACCUUAUGACGAUUACGAGAAGAUAUAGAUGCCCAGGAUAGAGGAAUAGAAUAGGAUGGUGAUGAUGGAAAGUAAUGCAACACC